UUCUCUUUUCCUCUUUCCCGGGUAUUAUCGGCAGAGGUCGCAUGGCAGAGAGGGAAGUCCGACCACUUCUGUGCUAGUGCGAGAAUAUGUGCACAACAAAGCCAGUGUGAGCGCACCGAGCCAGAGCGACGCACGCAGAAAGAGGCCGAGACUUAUUCAAAAGCCAAAGACUCGUUAAGUUUUGGAGCGUUUGACUUGAUUUGUUGUGGAAUACCGGGAUCGAGUUUUUUUUUUUUUGCCAGCACGUGUAGUGCAUCCAUGACAGUCUGAGCAUCGCCGCAGCACUUAGGAGUGCACCGACAACUUCUUUCUUUCUCUCCCACUCUCUCUUUUCUCCUUUUUUUCCUCCCGGUCGAGACAACAGUUUUGAGUCCACGCUGGGAGUGAUUUGAUGCGUUCAGGCUCGCUCAACCUGAGAUGGACGUGAGAUUUUACCCUGCACCCCCGGCCAAUGUGGGUUCAUGCUCCCUACCUGCUGACCCGACUUGCUUGAGCUCGCUGGACUAUUACCACUCCAACAAGGCCCGGUACAGUGUGGGUGAGCGAGGGGUCAGGCUCCACUCUGCCCCCCCUCCAGGCAUCAGUCCAGCUAGGAAAAGACUGCCCACUGCUGUGUUUGAUGGUGACAACAUGUACAUGAAUGACAAUAACCAAGAGUUUCGGUCACCAAACCAGAGCUAUUCCAGUCAGGGCAGAGGCAGCAGUGGCGGUGGAGGAGGUGGAACAGGGGAUGAAGACUACGAGAUCCCCCCAAUUACGCCCCCCAACCAUGCUGACCCCUCUCUGCUGCACCUCAUGGAGCAUGAGUCAGGGUACCCCUUCCACUCUUUGCCCCACAAUGGCCUGCUCAACACCUACUCCUACCCUGAGCUGCCCGCCCUUAUGAUGUCCAACAUGCUGGGUCAGGACACCCACCUCCUCUCGGGGCAUAUGCACUCAAUAAGCAACGACAAGCGGGCCACCGCAGAAAUGAUGAAGCCCAAACCCAAACCCCAAAAGAAGAAGAAGAAGAAGGACCCCAACGAGCCACAGAAGCCUGUGUCGGCGUACGCGCUCUUCUUCCGAGACACCCAGGCGGCCAUUAAGGGUCAGAACCCCAAUGCCACCUUUGGAGACGUCUCUAAGAUUGUGGCUUCCAUGUGGGACAGCCUCGGAGAGGAGCAGAAGCAGGGCUACAAGAGGAAAACUGAGGCGGCAAAGAAGGAGUACCUGAAAGCCUUGGCGGCGUACAGAGCAAGUCUGGUUUCCAAGACAUAUAAUGAUCCAGAGCCAAAAAGUGCCCAGCAGACAAGCCAGCCCUCCCACAUGCUGCCCCCAAAGCAGGCCCUGUACAGCCCCCAGCCCUCCUCACCCUACCUGGGCCCUUCGGGCUCCUUCCCCCUGUCGGACCUCCAGAGCUACGCCGGGCCGCCGCGCCACAGCCUGGCCUCCACCCUCAGCCAAUCGCAGAUGCUGCCACCCAGCAUGAGUGCCUCGCCCCCUUCCCCCUUCCAGAUCAGCCCACCCCUUCACCCCCACGCCCAGCUCUCCCUGCACCAGAGCCCCCUGCUCAACCAGCCAAUCCGCAUGCAGCAGUCGCAGCCAAUCAUCUCACACCAAAUGGGGCUCCAGGCGCCUUUGCAUUCCCCUCCUCUCAGCCAACAGGGGUUCUCCCACAUGCAGGCUGACUACCAGAACAGUGUCGGGGGCUCCCAGUCUCCAGGAGCCCCCAACCCAGUUCAUGGCCAGAACCCUGACUGGGACAGUGAAUACUGCAACAGGGACUGUGGACCCAACCAUUGCAGCAGUGGCAUGGGAGCUCGGGACAAGCCGCUCUACCUCACUUGAAGUUGAAAGAGUUCAGCACGUUUGAUUCCAGGGAGAUCUCCAACAUGACAUCAUCAAUAUAUCCGCUUUAACACCGUUUUGGUUCCUUUUUUUUUUCUUCUUCUUAUUCUACUACUUCUGGUGGAUUUUGAAAAUCCCAAAGACUGCUCCAGCAUCUUCACCUAUUUGCCAAGCACUUAGAUCGGCCACGAGCCUGAGGCACUUUUCUUUUUUCUCUCUCUCUUAUCGCUCGACUUUGGCUACUUCUUUUUUUUUUUUUCCGCGGGGGCAGCGAGCUAUGAGCUCAUGCCAGCCUACUGGAAAGAAAAAUGUCCUCUCGGUCUUUUGUUUUGAAAUUUUUAGAGAUGCUUUCAGGAGGGCGGCAAACUCAGAGCAUCCUCGAAGAGAAAGGCUCGGCAGGUGUGCACGUACUUUCCAAAGCAUCAACUCCCCUCAUGAAGGACUUCCUCCGUUCUUUAUUUCUCACAGAGAGAUUGUAAAUAUCACCAAAAAAAACCCAAGCAGACCCCUCCUAUGUGUGUAUUUAGCUGCAGUCCCUUGCUUUCUUUGCUUUUAACCGUUUGCUGAUGAGAAAGCGAGGGGAUGAAACGCACUAAAACUUGUGUUCAGUCUUCUCCCCCAAACGAGAGAGAGAGAGAGAGGAGGGGGGGACAAUCCGGUCUCCCUGACGAUGGGGAGCUGUCGUCACAUGACCUCAGGACGUUUGCAGAACUGCAGAGGUCGAAGAUUUCAACCUUUUAUGACCCUCCUCCCGCACCCCCAAGCCACGCCCUCUGCCCCCCCAUCCCCUCCAACACCACUUGUACAGGUGAAUAAAAAAAUUAAAAAAAGCUAAAUGUGAAAUGUUAACUAAAGAAAAAAAACAGUGGGUUUUGAAGUUUUGACUAGUUUUAUUAGGUGUUUUAGAAUUGUGUUGAACUCAUCUUUAUCAUCUUUUAUGGAGAAUUAAAAAAAAAAGUCUAUUUUGGUUUUCACUGUAGCAGGAUUUAAGACGGGGUAUAUAAUUCAGUUUUGUGUAUAAAGCCUGCCAAAUGUACUUCUAUCAAGUCACCAAGCAUUUUUCUUUGACAUAAUGGACAUUAUAUUAUAUUGGGUUGGUUUAUUAUUGAUAAAGAAGUAACAUGCUGGCUUUUCUCAUCAGGGUGCAUUAUGAUUAUUAUUAUUAAUAAUAAUUAUUAUUAUUAUAACAUGAGUCAUUGAAAUAUUUUCGGAAAGUAUUGUUGGUACAUUACCACUGGACCAGCAUUAGCUUCAUUUCGUGUCACAAAUAUUCCUUUGCUUUCUUUUUGUCUGUAAUAAAAUGUUGAAAGUA